CACCGACGUAGGUCUCGCAUGCGCUCCAUUCCAAAAAAAAACCAUCAGCCAUAUUGGUGUGUUGUAUCGCUGUCCUCAGUAAUUUCGAAGAACAGUAAAGACAUUUACCUCGGAAAAUUUCUCUCCUUUAUAUAUACUAUAUUAUGUCUCACAGAGACAAACAGUUUGAAGCACCUAUAUUACGCAACAUACAAGGGUUGCAUUCACUUUGGGAGUUCACGCGUUGUAAUUUUGUUUUUAUUGCUCAUUACAUGCAGAAGGAAGAAUUACAUUUAGGGUGCAUAAGCAAAGUGAAUACAGAUAGUACAUCAUGACGGAUUCCAUGAAAUUUGGUCCAGAAUGGUUGCGCAACUUGUCUGGUGACAGUUGCAAUACAGGUGGAGGUGGUGGAGGGACCACAACUUUGAGUACACCUCGGUAUCAACUGGCAGAGUAUAGAUAUGGUCGGGAAGAGAUGUUGGCUCUAUAUGAUCGCAAUCAUAAGCCUCCUGAGCCACUAACAUCUUUUACAGCAUUGUAUGUGGAGAAACCUCAAGCUCCAUUGGCUCUCAUACAGAUGACGGAGGAUGAAGCUCGUAUGUGGAAUGGAGGAAUAGCCAAUAUCGGUGGCCGAGGAAGAGGUAGUAGCGUGGAUCGUGGAGGACGUGGUAGGACCGGAAGAGGAAGCUUGUAUUCGUCUCACUACUCACGUGGAGUUGGUUUUGAUGACUCCGGUGAUGGGAUACGAAUUGAGGGCCAAUCAUUCCAGGGGAGAAAUAGGCCGUUUGAUAGAUCUCAAAGUGAACGUAGUUGGUCAGAAAGAAACGGUGCUUCGGAUCCGGGUGAAUGGAAUGGCUCAAGUAGUCCUCGAAAAGAGCUUAGUCGUGGAACUAGCGGUAGUUCUCUUAUGGAGGGUAAUUGGAGACGUCAUCGCGGUGAGGAGGACGAUGGUUGGCGCAAGUGGGGGAGGAGCAGCUGGCGCGAAGGUGGCAGUAUGGAUAGGGACAGGCUAGAUCGAAACGAGGGCGACGGAGGAGAUGAAAGCAGAAGCGGACCGGGAAGAUGGGAUCAUCGUGGAAAUCACAGAUCUUCCCAUGACUCGGCUCACCAUGCACCGUCUCGCACCGCUCGUGCUUGGGAAUCGAAUCAUCACGAUAACCAUGACAAUCUACCUGAGUGGGCGACGGAGAAUCCGAGCGAAAGUGGUGGUAGUUUUGAUGCUUCGGGCGCAUUUCACGGAGGCAUGUAUUCGGACGAUGACGACGACGGUGUGGCAGGUGCUUCCCAACAUGGCAGAACUCGACGUGUGUCGGAAGGCAGUGCUUCUAACAUAGUAAAGUCUAGUAACAAGCCAUUAGCUUCCGGCACCGGUUCUGUCCAAUCGUUGAAUCGCCAUACGAAUAACACGGCCGGUACAUUAAGCAAGGAACGACCGAAGCAGUUGCAUCCGCUCGAGGACAAGGAUGAUUCUGCCAGAAAGGAGAGGAGGUGUAAUUCACCGGUUAAACCAGCAGUUGCAUUGCCGACAGAAAGUAUUUCUACGAAAACAUCCUUAACGACAUCCUCGGAUCUCUUGCAGAAGAAGGCUGUUGGACCCACAAGUACGGAUAAAGCUGAGGGCGAAAAGUUGCAGUCUAGCGGCGCGGGACCUAGCAAGUCUCCAACUGAAGCUCACAACAAGGAGACCUCGCAGACGGAAGUUAAGACCGAGCCAAUAACUGCCCUAACCAAUCGACAAAAUCCUUUGCACACGGAGCCGCCUAAGACUGUGGCGCAUAAUACGGGAACCACUAAUGUUAGGCAAAGAAUGGAGGACGACUUGGAUAGAAUGAAGGAGGAGGCCGAUGCUCUAGUGGCUAAAUUAAUGGACGAAGAGAGCCACAAAGAGAAAAGCGCUAGUGUACCGCCCGCGAUUGGUAACCAACCUUCCGCAGUCUCCGCUACGGAUAGUCAGGAAAAAUGGUUUUAUCGUGAUCCACAGGGCGAAGUUCAGGGACCAUUUUUAGCUAGCGAAAUGGCUGAAUGGUGCAAAGCUGGUUACUUUACCGCAGGGUUAUUGGUGAGAAGAACAUGCGACGAAAGGUACUACACACUCGGUGAUCUUAUUAAAAUGUGUGGCAGAGUGCCUUUCACGCCUGGGCCAUCGAUACCUCCGUUAAAGUUAGCAGAGCAGGUGAUACCACCGCCUGUUCCCAGUACUGUGCCAGCUGGAAUGGCUGCUGCUGCUGCUGGUUUACCGAAAACUGGAAUAGAGGAUCCGUUGCUGCUACUACAGUAUCAACAAAUGCAUUUAUUGCAGAGUCAGCUAAUGCUAAGGCAGAUGAGAACAUCGGCUAUAGCAAAGUUGUCGCAGUCGGAGCAUUGGGCAUCAUUGAGUCCCGUAGAGCAGAAUCAAUUGAUUUUGCAGUACGUUAUACAGGACUCUGAAUUCCCGGAAGUACCGAUCACGACAAAUCCGUUUGUGCCUCAUCUUGCAUCUCAAGCGGCGACUAAUCCUGUUAUGCAACUAUUCACUCAAAUGCAGCAGGCAAAAACUCAACCGGAAACUCAUUUGUCGGCGAAUCCGCAUGCGUCCGCACCGACACACCCAGCCACGGUAGAUCCCAUACAACAAUUGAUUCAACAAAUGGGCGGCAUACAGAAUUUGCCUACUGUUCAACAGCCGAACAUCGCUCAAACUCCUGCGCCAACACAGGAGGAUAAUCCGAUUAAAUCUCUGUUACGCCAACUCAAUGUCAAUGCAAAUGGUCAUCCGCAAACGCCUCAUGUAGACACUGUAUGGCCGCAACCGCCACCGCAAAUGGCUCCACAGUUUAAUGCACAGAAUUGGUUAGCGCAGGUCGGGCCCAUUCCGGCAAUGCCACCUGGUCAGUUACCUAGUUCUUUGUGGGACCUGCAUGCUAAAGAAAUAAAAACUGAGCAACAGAUACUGGAAGAACAAAAUAUGAAGAUACAGGAGGAUAGGAAAAAAGAAGAGUUGAGAAAACAAGAGGAACUACAACGUCAAGUGGAGGAAGAGAAUGCCAAGAGAAAGCAAGAAGAGCAAGUUAGACAAGCUGAGGAAGCGAAACGUAAAGACGAGGAAAGAAAGAGAAAGGAGGAGGAAAAAAAACGAAAAGAAGAGGAAAAACGCAAGCAAGAAGAAGAACAGAAGAAAAGAGAGGAGAAGAAACGCAAGGAGGAGGAAAAGAAGCGUGAAGAAAAGAAAAAACAAGAGGAAGAAAAUUUGAAGAGAAAGCAGGAAGAGGAGAAAAGAAAGCGAGAAGAACUUAGAAAACAGGAAGAAAAACAGAAGAAGGAAGAGGAGAAAAAGAAAAAAUUAGAGGAAGAGCAGAAAAAGCAAGAAGAAGAAAGACUCAGAAAAGAAGCAGAGGCGCGACGACAAGCCGAAGCGGAAGAACAAGCGCGCCGCGCAGAACAACGACGUAGAGAAGCCGAAGCGUUGCGUAAACUACAAGAAAGAAGCAAAGCACCGUGGGCUCAAGCCCCACGUGCUCCUGCUCCUGCAGCUCACGCCUCACUCGCAGAGAUACAGAGACUCGAAAAAGAAAAGAAAGCGGAGGAACAACGAUUGCAGCAACUGAUGCAGCAACAGAUAGCGCAACAAAAAGCAAUUGAGGCGGCGCAGGAGGCUUCGGCGACUGAUUCGUCUAAAAGGCUGCAAUUCAAAUGGGCGGAAAAAGCUAUCGCUGCCAAUAAACCACUCCAUGUAAAAAGUCUUGCGCAGAUUCAGCAGGAAGAGCAGGAACGUAUCGCCAAGGUAAAGGAAAGAGAGAGACAAGAAAAGGCAGGUCAGAAGGAGUCUGCAAGUAUGCUGCAGAAUGCUGGAAUAUGGGGUACAGCGUCACAAUGCCUCAAUUGGGCUAAUUCUGGCACUUCGAGUCAGGCAUGGUCUAACAAUUCAGGUGCUACUGGAUUCUGGGAUGAUCCCACACCGGUCAGAUCGACUACAACUACAAAACAACCAGUUAAGCAAGUUAUGACUACGAAAUCUGUUCCUAUCCAACAGCAGCAACAACAACAGCAGCAGUCGCAACAACAAAAUAAUAAAGCGUCCAAGAGCAAGAAUAAGAGAGACGAGGAAUUAGUGAAAAAGCUAUUUGAACAGAACACUGCCAAGACCGAUGAGUUUACGCAAUGGUGUACUAAAGCGUUGAGCGGUUUACAGGCGUCCGUGGAUAUCCCUACGUUCGUUGGAUUCUUGCGAGAUAUCGAAUCGGCAUAUGAAGUUAAGGAGUACGUUCGCGUCUACCUCGGCGAUACCAAGCAAAGUACAGAAUUCGCAAAGCAGUUCCUCGAGAAACGUAGCAAGUGGCGAUCGGCGCAACGUCCUCAGGCGCAAGCGGACGAUCUGUGUAAACCAGCACCCGCUGUCAAUCCAAAUGCACCUACGGAGUUUCAAGAAGUGAAGGGAAAAUCUAAGAAACCAAAGAAAGGAAAGAUGUACAAAGUGGACAACAGGAUACUUGGCUUCAGCGUAACCGCGGCCCCCGACCGUAUCAAUGUAGGUGAUCGCGAUUAUGGUGAAGGCGUUUGAACUGAAUCACAUCAGUUUAACCUCGCGGAAAUGAUGUUACGCUCAAUUCAUCAAACGGUUUGUUAUUUAUUUAUUAUACAUGCUAAAAGGGACCCCGUCAUGGGUACUUCUUAAAGCAUAUGAAGGCUUUUUACGAUCCAAUGCGUAAAAGAAGAAUUCAUCCCUUUUCAAAGUCGAUCGAGGAUGAUCAUCAGGUCCAACUGAGCGUGGCGUUAUUUUCUUACGGAACAAAACUGAGAAACACACUGACAAAAAAUGCUUCACUGUACAUAUUACUCAAAAGAAGAAUAUAUCGUAAGAGAAAAGAAAAUGAAGAAAAAGAGGACGGACUCAUUUUUUCCUAUGUAAGCGACGAUUAGGGUUGAAAACUUUUAUAACAUUUCAUCAUCAUCGUCAUUUAAGGUACGCAAGAAAAAGAAAAAUAUGCCGACCGAUAAUAAUCAUGCACGUGGAGACAUGGCAGUCAAUAGCAAUAUAUGUAUGUUAUGGUGUUCAACGAAAAAAAAAGGUAACGUUAAAGUGUGCUUGUGGUAAUUGCGAAAAGCAUCGUCUUUCUGAGUCAAGCACACAGUUAUUAAUGGUGCGUCAGUACUUCUCUUACUGAUCGUGCUUAAUGCAAUGUGAAUCCUAUGGAUUUCCGCUUCGUCGCGAAUACGUGUCGAAGAGAUUUGCUUUAUAUUAUUACUCGUGAUAGAUUUUUGCAAAUGAUUUAAUAUACCUCUCAAGCACGGUAAGAAUCUUCCCCACUUUUUAAUAUCUUUUUCGUCAUAAUACUUGUAGUAACGAUAUUCUAAGCAGAAGUUUAAGCACACGCGGUAGUAGUAACCACGAUUAAGAUCAUGAAUAAUUUGUGUACGCAUUGGAAAUUUGGACCUUACAUCUGAAGAUAGAGGAUGCAAUAAUAUAUAAGAAAUGCAUUUUGUUCAAUGAAAUGACAGACUGCAAGAGAGAAAGAGAGAGAGAGAGAAAGGAAGAAAGAAGAGGCGUAUUCGACAUAAUUUCUUGAUAUUACGAGGACAAUGUUAAAAAUAAAAUUAGUGGUUCCAACAUAGCAUCCUUCAUUAGAAAUUUUUUGGUUUUGCUGUUCUAUACCGUAGAAAUGACAGUAGUGAUUUAAGGUAAUAUUCGUAAUGUGUAUUACUAACUCCACGGAAUAUCGGCAUACAUGAAAUCCUGACACACUGAUUACUGCAUGUGCCUAUGUGUGGAUCUCACUGUCGUCGGCAUAUAGCCUUCUUGUACACUGUGGUCGAUCUAACAAUAAAAUUGAGGUAUGAAACAUCUGUGGCAGGUUCAAUUAUGAUGCAAAUUAAAUGCGCAGGAAAGCAGUAUCUUUUGUAAAACUUUAAUCAUAACUCUGUAAAUGUCGUAGCUGGAAACUCGUAAAUACUUUUCCUCUUUUUUUUUUAGUGCUUUUAAGAACAUUAAUAUAAUUUUUCUUAAUUGGAAUAAUACGCAUUGACAACAGCACGACACGGAUGCUCGAUUGUAAACGUGGAAUGUUGUGACAGAUCUGACCGCUUAUAAUAUUAUAAUGGUUGUUAACUAAGGUUCGUUGAUCUCCUCUUAAAAUUAACGUAUUUAUCUUAAUGAAUUAAUUAAGAUUAAUUCAAGGGAAGAUCAUGGAGCCUUAUAUGAAAGAUUUAUGUAUAAAUAAGUUAAUGUACAGAAAUAUGCCGUGAUUAAACAAAUUAAUUAAAGCGAUGAUUAAAGAACGGAUAACUGAUAUUGUAUUAAUAUUCUAUUAUUGUAUAUCUAACGUACAUCAUAAUAAAAUAAAUAUUAUUAUAUUUUC